UUUAUUUUUUUGAAGGAAAAUUAUCCAAUUAUUUAGUGAAACCAAAACACCGCAUGCCAGUAGCAGCUACAUAAAUUUGGAGGAAAGCGGAAGUGACGAGUAAGGAGUGACGUCCUAACCGAAAACUAUUCAAAUUCAAAACUUAAAUCGUAAGUAUUUCCGCACAAAUUUCUAGAAUCUUCCACCGCCCUAAAGCUAAACCCCCGCGUUGCCGGUCCAUAUAUAAACCGGCUCCAAUUUCCCCAUUUCUCUUCUUACCAAUUUUUCUCAAUAAAAUCAAAUUAAAAAAAAAUAAAAGGAAAAACUCGAAAGGCGAAAAAGAUGUCUUCAUCAAAUCCGGACUCGUCUCCGUCUCCUCCGUCUCUGGAGGAGCUGAGCACUAGAGGCGCCACCGCGCUCCUCCUCCCCUGGAUCCUGCGAAUGGCGACGGCGGCGGACUCCCCUCCCGGCGAGGUGGCGGUGUUCGUCCACCAGCCGACCCGAUCGAUAACCCUAGUGGAGGGGUCCUUAGACGUGGAGUCGCUCCUCCGCGAGCUCCCGUGGAAGGAGGGGCCGCUGCCGGCGACGAAGGCCUCGAUCGAGUCGCUGCCGCUAGUCCGGGUAUCGGAGGUGGGGGUGGAGUGCUCGAUCUGCCUGGCCGAGUACGACGAGGAAUCGGAAGUGAAGGAGAUGCCGUGCCGGCAUCGGUUUCACUCGGAUUGCAUAGGUAAGUGGCUGGGAAUCCACGGAUCGUGCCCGAUUUGCCGAUUCGGUAUGCCGGUGGAGGAAAGGAAAGAGGGGGAUGAGAGGGGAGGGUGGAGGAUUCAUUUGUUUGUGGCGCGGCCCGACCCGGAUCCGGAUGUGGAUAUGGAUGCGGGUGCGGGCAAUUGGGAUGAUGAGGAGGCCAAUGAUGACGAGUCGACAGCUCAGAAUAUGGACAUUCAUGAAAGCGAUUGAAUUUUUGUUGUUGUUGAUGUAGGGAAUUAUAUUUAUUUAUUUAUUUUAGUGUAGUAAGUGGAAGACGUACAUGUACAAUCAAUAUAUCAAUAUAUAAAAUCUAAACCAAUCCUCAAAAA